AUGAACGGCCACUGCAACGGGAACGUGAUCGACGUCAUGGAGCGCAUGAAGUCCUCCAUGGUGCUCUGCAAACACGAGACGUCCCGCAAGGAGUCCGAGGACAAGUCCCGGUUACCGGCGCUGGAGGCCGCCUACACCAGCAUCCUGCGGGAGCUCGGCGAGGACACGGACCGGCAGGGGCUGCUGCGCACGCCGCUGCGCGCCGCCAAGGCCAUGCAGUUCCUCACCAAGGGCUACCAUGAGACCAUCGACGACAUCUUGAAUAACGCCAUAUUUGAUGAAGACCACGAUGAGAUGGUGAUAGUGAAGGACAUAGACGUGUUUUCACUGUGCGAGCAUCACCUGGUGCCCUUCUUUGGAAAGGUUCACAUCGGGUAUAUCCCCAACAAAAAAGUGGUGGGACUGAGCAAGCUGGCAAGGAUUGUGGAGAUUUUCAGUCGCAGGCUUCAGGUUCAAGAGCGUCUGACCAAGCAGAUAGCCAUGGGAAUAUCUGAGGCUCUGCAGCCAAAAGGCGUAGCUGUGGUCAUUGAAGCAUCGCACAUGUGCAUGGUGAUGCGAGGCGUCCAGAAGAUGAACAGCCGCACAGUGACGAGCACCAUGCUGGGAGUUUACCUCGACGACCCCAAAACCCGGGAGGAGUUCUUGACUCUUUCGCAGCAGACCUAA